AUGCAGCAGAUUUCCCUUCGUCUUCUGCCCUCUUCUGCUGACACAGCGCCCAUAUGGCCGAAAGGUGAGCCAGAAACUCCGGCCAACACUGCCACCGCCGCUGUUGCCGCUGCCGCCGCCUGUGCCGCCGUAGCAACCGCCAUGGCAAGUGUUGCCAAUCAACAGCAACAGCAACAGCAACAUCAACAUCAACAUCAACACCACCAGCAGGAACAGCAGCAGCAGCAGCAACAUUAUCAUCAACUGCAUAAUAUUGUUCACAAUCAACGCUACUUCAAUGAUCCAAAUCAAAUCAUUCCAUCUUCUCAUACCAUGCAUCAUACACAACCACAACCACUACCACCACCAUCAUCAUCAUCAUCAUCAUCAUCUUCUUCUUCUUCUUCUUCUUCACAACCACCACCAACAUCGCUAUCACUACUUCCUCAAGCGUCACUGUCACUUCAUCAUGUCCAGUCGCCACACGAUUAUGUCACAUCUACAGACGACCGCCAGCCGAUCCCUUAUCCUUACGUCUACUUGCCGGCCAACUCCGGAUCGGAAGAGUUGGGUCACACUCUCUUCUCUGCUGCCACGAAAGAGUCCUGCUCAAAAGUGAUGCCAAAUGACGCCUCUGCCUAUUUCUCAGCGUCAACUCGGCCCUGCACAACCCACGGCGAGGAGGCACCAAUGAAGCUUGACCCCAUAACCGACCCUAAUUCUCUCAAGGUACAAUUGUCCAGCCCCAUUUCAGUCAACUUUGAUCCUACCGAAGGGAAGUCGACCUGCAUCGCUGACAGAAGUGGUGUCUAUUCUCCAGACGUGACCAGUAAACUGGAGGCAUGGGCGAGUCACGAGGCGAAACGUCAACUUUCUGAUACCCAUUCCAAGCUCUCUCGUUUCGUGCAUCCUCCUCUGCCCGGCUACCUGGCAACUGGCAUUUCGGAACCUCGAGAAACGGACACUUCAGGUUCUUCGGUUGACUGCACCUCUUUCUCCUUGUCAAAACGAGAACCAGCGAUAUCCCGAGAAGAGCCAAUCAUCAGGUGUACUUCUUCCCUUCUAGAAAGAGAGGGUCAAACGACUGCACGAGAUGGUUGGAUGCAAGAUGGCGUCGAGCUUUGCAAUGGUACCAGCCAGGGCUCUCCGGACGCGACAGGUAAGAACUCAGAAAAGAUUUUUGCCCUGGAUUCCCUUAUUUGUUUGAACUACUUGAAGCUUUUGUUGAGCAAUUCGUGUCGUCAAUAUUGGAAAAUAUUUAUAAUUAUUAAUUCAUUUAUUAUAAUAUAUAUAUAUAUAUAUUUUUAUUUAAAAUUUAAUAUUACUGGAAAAAAUUCAAUAUUUAAUCGUAAACCUUGA